AUGGCUCCGCAAAGUCCGCGAGAGCAGGAAGAGGGCGAGCGUCUCACUGGGGCUCAAGUCAUCGCGGAGGCCCUCAAGAAGCAAAAUGUUGAAUACAUGUUUGGUAUUGUUGGCAUUCCUGUGAUUGAAGUUGCAGUUGCCGCUCAAGCAAGUGGAAUUAAAUACAUAGGGAUGCGAAAUGAACAAGCUGCCUCCUAUGCUGCCUCUGCUAUUGGGUACCUGACAGGAAGGCCUGGUGUAUGCCUUGUAGUUUCUGGUCCUGGCCUUAUCCAUGCGCUUGCUGGAAUGGCAAAUGCAAACAUGAAUUGCUGGCCUUUGAUUGUCAUAGGAGGUUCCUCUGACAGAAAUCAGGAAACAAUGGGAGCUUUCCAGGAAUUUCCACAGGUUGAAGCCUGUAGGUUAUACAGCAAAUUUAGUGCCAGACCAACCAGCUUAGAAGCAAUUCCUGCUGUUAUUGAGAAGGCUGUCAGAACCAGUAUUUACGGCCGUCCAGGAGCUUGCUAUAUUGACAUACCUGGAGACUUUGUAAAUCUGGAGGUGAACAAAAGUUCUGUCAAAUAUGUAGAUUGUUGUCCAGAACCUCCCAUCAGUAUGGCUGAAGAGGCAGCUGUUUCUAAAGCCACAUCAUUCAUUGCACAUUCCAAAAGACCACUUGUAAUUAUUGGCAAAGGUGCCGCUUACUCACAUGCUGAAAACAGCAUCAGAAAGUUGGUGGACCAAUGCGGGCUUCCCUUUUUGCCUACCCCGAUGGGAAAGGGAGUUGUUCCUGACAACCAUCCGCACUGUGUAGCUGCAGCCAGAUCUAGGGCACUGCAGCAUGCUGAUGUGAUCCUGUUGCUUGGUGCUAGACUGAACUGGAUUCUACAUUUUGGACUUCCUCCGAGGUUUCAGCCAGAUGUAAAAAUAAUUCAGGUAGACAUUUGUGCAGAAGAAUUAGGGAACAAUGUGAAACCCGUUGCAGCCUUAUUGGGUGACAUAAAAGCAGUGACGGAGCAGCUUCUAGAUCAGCUGAACAAAAAGCAUUGGAAAUACCCUUCUGAUACAGAGUGGUGGAAAGAUCUACAGGCGAAAAUUCAAAGCAAUGAACAGACAUCCAAGGCACUAUCACUGCAGAAAACUCUGCCAAUGAAUUAUUAUACAGUAUUCCACUGUAUCAGGGAGCAUUUACCAAAGGACUGCCUUCUCGUUAGUGAGGGAGCAAACACAAUGGACAUAGGACGCACUAUGCUUCCUAACUAUUAUCCCCGCCUCAGGCUUGAUGCUGGUACCUUUGGAACAAUGGGAGUUGGACUGGGUUUUGCAAUAGCAGCUGCUAUGGUUACUAAAGAUCAUAAUCCUGAGCAGCAAGUGGUCUGCAUAGAAGGGGACAGCGCCUUUGGCUUCUCUGGCAUGGAAGUGGAGACUAUGUGCAGGUAUAACUUGCCAAUUGUUGUAAUCAUAGUCAACAACAAUGGGAUAUACAGUGGGCUGGAUGCAGAGACUUGGAAAGAGAUGUUGAAACUUGGAGAACCUUCUGCAUGUGUUCCUCCGAUUUCUCUGUUGCCAAAUGCUCACUAUGAGCAAAUUGUGUCUGCAUUUGGUGGGAAGGGCUAUUUUGUACAAACACCAGAAGAACUCCAAGCUGCCCUGAAGAAAAGUCUGGCUGAAAAACAUGUGCCUUCCCUCAUUAAUGUAAUGAUUGAUCCACAAUCAGACAGGAAAAAACAAGAUUUUCAUUGGCUGACCCGGUCUAACAUGUAGCAGUACGAGGAUUGGAAAUCAUGAGCAAAAUGUCUAUAAAUGACUAUAAAUUAAAAUGGAGACUCACACUAUAAUUGUCACAAAAUUUGAAAGAAAUGUGCACUUGAAGGUCUAAACUAUUUGUCCAAGACCAGAGAGAUUAAUUGAGUUAGCAAGAACCUGAUAAAUUGAAUUUAUACACAGUCCAUUGAGUCAAUGGAUAUUCAGUCCUAGUAACUUGGACAAAUAAAUUUUUUUGAUUUUUUUUUAUCUCAUAGAAGCUGAAAAAAUAUCAUGGAGAAAAGCAGCUUUCUACUUCAAAACGGCAUACAUCUUGCUUACCUUUUGUCUUUAACCUUUUAUUUUGAUUUUGCUGAAGUUUCCCACUGGAAUCCCAUUUAUUUCAUUGGGAAAUAUUUCAAUCUGAAACUCUUGGUUGAUUUUUCAACUGUUCAAAUAAACAUCUCAGCAUUGGCUGGAGUGUUGAUCAAGACUCAUAACAUUACAGUUUUUUCAAUUUUUAUGAGCUCUGGGUUUUCUUUGUUUUUUAACCUUUUGAGCCAAUUCUAUGGUGCAACUUCUUUUCUGUUAUUUUAGAGCAGUGGAAUAAAGCAGCUGAGACAA